UUGACAUUGCUCGGCCCAGAAGAAAAGAGGAAGGACGAGUGCAACUUCUCUUCACGCUUCUUCUCACCACUCAUUUCCUUCUCGUCUUUUCGUCCCUUCACAUCAUGUCUCUCCCACACGCUAGCGCGUUGGUCUUUCUGCUUCUGGCAGGUUCAGCAGUUGCGGAGGAGCGGGUGAGGUACUCAUCGCCGAAGAUGUGCGCGGUGCGGGGUUCCACCCUGACGCUUCUGUGCUCCUUCACGGCCAUCAUGCCAGUGGUUCGGGUGGUGUGGUGCGUCAAUCACCUCAUCUGUCAUGGGAUCACGCCGUCCGUGUACGACAGCAAUUCGUCAAAGAACAACUGGCGCUACCUGUACCAAGGGGACCUGGAGAGAAACUGCACGCUGGAGAUCCACAACAUCCAGAAGCAAGACAGCACCACUUUCCGAUUCCGGAUGGAAGCCAAUGAGCGCGCCGGACAUUACACUGGCCUCAACGGCGUGCGCGUCACCGUCGUUGAUGGUGAUCCGAUGAUGGUGAAGAGCUCUUCCCCCGGGCGUGUGCGCGAAGGCACUACGGUUACACUGAGCUGCACGUUUCGGUGUUCCUUUCACACACUGAGCGUGCAGUGGUACCGUGAUGGCCACGCCCUCACAGAGUCCGGCCCCGCCCUCCAGUUGACGGCGGAACAGUCGGCCAACUACACUUGCGCCCUGGACGACCGUGCCGACACCAUGUCGCCGCCCUUCAGGCUGACUGUGGAACGACACCAGGCGGACGGACGUUUUGCAGUGCCGCUCAGCAUCUCCUUGGGCCUACUGAUGGUCCUGCUCCUUGUCGUUGCCAUCGCCGUGUUCCUCGUCAAACGCAGGAACCGUCGACCGGCGUCUCGUCAAGAUGGAACAUCUGCUGAAAAGGAGCAUGAGACAGGUGAAAACGUGUACAGUAACACAAUGCCAGGCGGAGAGCGAGCCGGUCCAGAUGGACAGGAAGUGGACCAGAGAACAGACGAAGUCAAUUAUGCCGCCGUACAGUUUAAACCAAAGGCCAUCAACAGGCCGGCGGCGACGCAAGAGGACGUCGUCUACUCGUCUGUAGCACGCCCGUCCCAGUGAUUGCUGAGCACACAGGAAAUGGUGUCCCAAGUCGACAGAAGUGACGAGUUUCAAUAAAGUCGGAAUCGGAGACCAGCAA